GUGGUCGCCAUAAUAAACCCACGAUAGAACCUGAGCGUGUGAGAUCAUAAAUGUGGCGGGGAGAAUACCUACAAUAUUGACAAAUUAGUGAUAGCAAGUAUUCUCUGUUACAUAGUUUCGUUGCAGUUAAAGUUACACGGUUGGGGUUGAAAACUGAGCGGGACCGUGAGGUGAGACGUUCUGAUAUGGAAGUCGCUGAUCCUGUCAGAAACCAGUCAGGCAACGCCAUGGCUUCACCGUCUGCCAGUGUGGACACGAAGGCGGAGCUGACGGCCCUUUUGGAGCAGUGGGAACGGGAGCAGCAGGGCAGUACCCCGGACAUGGUCUCCAUCCUCACAAAGAUCUCAGAGCUGAUUGAGCGGGAAACGGAGGAGUACCACAAAGCGGACCCCGAUCCGUUCGACGACCGCCAUCCAGGGAGGGCCGACCCGGACUGCAUGCUGGGACACCUGCUCAAAAUUCUCUUCAAGAACGAUGACUUCACCAACGCGCUGCUGAACACGUAUGUGAUGACGAGCCGGGAGCUGAGCCUGAACACGGCAGCCUGCCGUCUCCUGCUCAACAUCAUGCCUGGCCUGGAGACCGCCGUCGUCUUCCAGGAGAAGGAGGGCGUGGUGGAGAAGCUGUUUAAAUGGGCCCAGGAGGCGGACCCUCCUUUGCGCAUCUAUGCCACCGGCCUGCUGGCGGGAGCCAUGGACAGUCAGGACAUCGCCGCCAACUACCGCGAAGAGAACUCUCAACUGGUCCCCCUGAUGCUGCGGCGUCUGAGGGAGCUCCAGGAUAAGGACGCCAAGAGCCGGCCGGAGUUCAAGCGGCCGAGCCCCCGCAAGGCGGUGAGCGAGCCCCUCCUCCCGCUGGACGAGGAGGCGGUGGACGGGGGCUUCGAGAUCGCCCCGUCCCCCCCACGCAACGACACGGCCGCCCGGCAGGAGGAGGAGGAGGACCGCGAGGAGGGGAACGAGAACCAGGCGGACAAACCCGACUCCGAGCUCCAGCCCGAGCCUCCACUCAAAACGGGCUCCGCCCACAAGCCCGCGGGCCACACCUCCAUCAAGCCGGCGGCGGAGCCCGUGUACCCGGAGGUGGGCGGGGCCGGCCGGGCAGAGGGCGGGGCCUCGGGGUGGAAGAAGACGGACAGGGAGGGCGAGCGCAAGGCCCGGCAGAAGCUGAACUUCUCGCUGCCCGAUCCCGAGAGGUCCUUCAACGAGCUGUCCAACAGCAGCUGGUCCGAGACCAGCCCCUGGGUCAUCGGCAACAACUACCACCUGUACCCCCUCACCCCCGCCAUUGAGCAGCGGCUCAUCCUGCAGUACCUCACCCCUCUGGGGGAGUACCAGGAGCUGCUGGCUGUAUUCAUGCAAAUGGGGGCCCGGGAGCUGCUCAUGCACUACAUGGACCUGAAGCUGACCAACGACGUGCAGCUCACCUUCGAGGCCCUAAAGUAUUUGGCCUCUCUGCUCCUGCAUAAGAAGUUUGCCGCUGAGUUUGUGGCUCACGGCGGAGUACAGAAGCUUCUGGAAAUCCCCCGGCCCUCCAUGGCAGCCACUGGAGUGUCCCUCUGCCUGUACUACCUGGCCUACAACCAGGACGCCAUGGAGAGAGUGUGUAUGCUGCCUCCCCCGGUGCUGUCGGAGCUGGUUGGGUACACGCUCUGGCUGCUGGAGUGCUCUCAUGCGUCGGGCGGCUGCCACGCCACCAUGUUCUUCUCCAUCUCAUUCGCCUUCCGCGCCAUCCUGGAGCUCUUCGACAGGCAGGACGGCCUGCGACGCCUCGUCAACCUGAUCAGCACGCUGGAGAUCCUGAACACGGAGGACCAGGGGGCCCUGCUCACAGACGAUGAGAUCUUCUCCAGCCGCCAGACCGCCAAGCACACCUGCAUGGCCCUUCGGCGGUACUUCGAGGCGCACCUGGCCGUCAAGGUGGAGCAGGUGAAGCAGUCCCUGCAGCGGUCUGAAGGGGGCGCCCCGGUCCACACGCAGCCCUACUACAAGGCCUGCACCUACACCCAUGAGCAGGUGGUGGAGAUGAUGGAGUUCCUGAUAGAGUACGGCCCGGCGCGGCUGUACUGGGGCCCGGCCGAGGUCUUCCACAAGCUCUCCUGCAUCCAGCUGCUGCUGCAGCUCAUCUCCUUCGCCUGCGACUGGAGGACCUACUACGGCCGGAGCGACACAGUCCGCUACGCUCUGGACAUCCUGGCCAUCCUGAGCGUGGUCCCCAAAACGCAGCUGCUCCUGUCCGAGGCCGUGGACGUGCUGGACGAGGGGGGCUCCACCGUCUGCAUCGUGGGGAUGAGCAUCAUCCUGGGCGUGGCGGAGGGCGAGGUGUUCGUGAACGACGCCGAGAUCCAGAAGUCGGCGCUGCAGGUGGUGAUAAACUGCGUGUGCGCCCCGGACAAGCGCGUCUCCAGCAUCGGCAAGUUCAUCGCCGGCACGCCCAGACGCCGGGUCCCUCAGCCCGCCAAGGCCAGCGAGAACGUCCUCACCAAGAUGUGGAACAUGGUCCAGUCCAACAACGGCAUCAAGGUGCUCCUCUCCCUGCUGACGGUCAAGAUGCCCAUCACGGACGCCGACCAGAUCCGGGCGCUGGCCUGCAAGGCGCUGGUGGGCCUGUCCCGGAGCGGGGCGGUCCGGCAGAUCAUCAGCAAGCUGCCGCUGUUCAGCAGCGGGCAGAUCCAGCAGCUGAUGAAGGAGCCCCUGCUGCAGGACAAGCGCAGCGAGCACGUCAAGUUCUGCCGCUACGCGGCCGAGCUGAUCGAGCGCGUGUCGGGGAAGCCGCUGCUGGUGGGCACGGACGUGUCGCUGGCGCGGCUGCAGCGGGCCAACGUGGUGGCGCAGAGCCGCAUCUCCUUCCCCGAGAAGGAGCUCCUGCUGCUCAUCCGCAACCACCUGGUGUCCAAGGGCCUCCAGGACACGGCCAACGCCCUGACCAAGGAGGCCGACCUUCCCAUGACGCACCUGUGCCACGCGCCCUCGCCGUCCUACGUGGCCGCCGUCGUGGCCCCCACCGCCUCCCCCGGGGCGGGGCUCCCCCGCACCCCCCGGCUGGCCAACGGGGUGGGGGCGCGGUUGGGGGUGGCGCACGCCAUCCCGCCUCUGGGCCACGCCCAGCCCCGGCCCUCCCCCUCCUCCGUGCAGGCCCCGCCCCCGGCCCCCCCUCUGCCCCCGCCGGCGUACGGCUCGCCCCUGAUUGGGCGGAUCGCGUUCACGCGCGAGAGGCCCCCGCCCGCCCCGCCCGGGCACAGCGGGAAGCGGCCGCGGGUGCUGCGGCAGAAGUCGGACCACGGCGCCUUCAUCCAGAGCCCGGCCAUGAAGAAGGCCCUGGACCGCCGCCUGCCCUCCCCGCCCGCGCUCGACGGCAUCAUCACCGAAUACCUCCGCGAGCAGCACGCCCGCUGCAAGCACCCCGUGGCCACCUGCCCCCCCUUCUCCCUGUUCACCCCCCACCAGUGCCCCGAGUCCAAACAGCGCCGCCAGGCCCCCGCCAGCUUCACCUCCCGCCUCACCCGCCGCGUCCUCUACCCCAAAUACGGGGGCGUGGACGGGGGCUGCUUCGACAGACACCUCAUAUUCAGCAGGUUCCGGCCCAUCUCGCUGUUCCACGAGGCAGAGGACGAUGAGAGCGGCUUCAUGUGCUGCGCCUUCUCGGCCCGCGAGCGCUUCCUCAUGCUGGGCACCUGCACGGGCCAGCUCAAGCUCUACAACAUCUUCAGCGGCCAGGAGGAGGCCAGCUACAGCUGCCACAACUCCGCCAUCACGCACCUGGAGCCCUCACGGGACGGCUCCCUGCUCCUGACCUCGGCCUCCUGGAGCUACCCCCUGUCUGCCUUGUGGGGCAUGCAGUCCGUCUUCAUCAUGAAGCAUUCCUUUUUAGACGACCAUUACGUGGAGUUCAGCAAGCUGUCGCAGGACCGAGUCAUCGGCACAAAGGAGCACAUCGCUCACAUAUAUGACAUCCAGACCGGCCAAAAGACCCUCACCCUCAACAACCCCGGCUUGGCCAACAACUACAAGCGAAACUGCGCGACCUUUAACCCCACGGACGACCUGGUGCUGAACGACGGGGUGAUGUGGGACGUGCGGUCGGCCCAGGCCAUACACAAGUUCGACAAGUUCAACAUGAACAUCAGCGGCGUCUUCCACCCCAACGGCCUGGAGGUCAUCAUCAACACAGAGAUCUGGGACCUGCGGACCUAUCAUCUCCUCCACACUGUGCCUGCACUGGACCAGUGUCGCAUCGUCUUCAACAACAACGGCACCGUCAUCUACGGAGCGAUGUUGCAGGCUGACGAUGAGGACGACAUCAUGGACCAGCAGAUGAAGAGCCCGUUUGGCUCCUCCUUCCGGACCUUCGAUGCCACGGACUACAAACCCAUCGCUACGAUCGAUGUGAAGCGGAACAUCUUCGACCUCUGCACGGACACAAAAGAUUGCUACCUGGCAGUUAUUGAGAACCAGGACUCGAUCAACAUGGACACAGUCUGCCGGCUGUACGAGGUCGGGCGGCAACGUCUGGCCGAGGAGGAGGAGGACGAGGAAGAUCAGGACGACGAGGACCAGGAGGACGACGAAGACGACGAUGACGACGACUCGGACGACGACCUGGACGACAUGGACACGGACCCCCUCCUGGCCGAGCUGGAGAACGAGAACGAUGAGGAGGACGGCGAGCACGACUUCUCGCCCUCCGACGACGAAGAGGUGGCCCGCCUGCUGGAGGCCGACGCCGAGGGUGAGGACGAAGACGACGAUGACGAUGAUGACGACGACGAUGACUCGGACGACGCCGAGCUCAUACUGGAGAACACGGACAGUUCGGACAAUUCUGACCUGGAGGACGACAUCAUCCUGUCCCUGAACGAGUGAACGGGCGGGCGUAACCAGGACAACAGGAGACCCCCCCACGCCCCAGCCAGGGGAGGGGAAGGGGAAGGGGAGAGGGGAGGGUCCUGCAGGAUGACGCUCCCGAAGGAAGCGGAACUGAACUGACAUUGGCAUCGUGAGCGGGAGGGAGAGAAGAGCGGGCGCACACGGGGCGCCCGGGGGACCGAAAGGGAGGAGCGCGAAUCCGAAGGGGCCACAGAGUGGAUGGGGGGGCCCCACUCAGCGUGGGACAGACCCCCCUCCCCCCCAAAACGGGCCCCGCCCCGGCGCACAGACCGGAGCACAUGUGUAUUAUAGCCUUUCUUUAAAAACAAAAAAACAACAAAAAAAGAAAAAAAAGCUUAGUUUUUUAUCACAUUAUGUGUGGCUUUACGAGUGUUUGAGCUGACAGUAUCCAA